AUGUGUCUUAAAGAAAAAUACAUGCCUGAAAGAACCGAAAGGAUGUGGCACCAAAUUGCAGAAAAAUUUGCGGCAACAACACAUUUUCCAAACUGCCUGGGGGCAAUAGAUGGCAAACAAAUUCGCAUUCAAAAACCAUGUAGUACAGGUUCAGAGUUCAUGAAUUAUAAACAUUUUUUUUCUGUGGUUCUUAUGGCUGUUGUAGAUGCGGAAUAUUGUUUUACGUCAGUUGACAUCGGAUCAUAUGGUAUUGCUAGUGAUUCACAUGUAUUUGAAAGAUCUAAUUUUGGUAAAAAACUAAACCAAGGUAAACUUAACAUACCACCUAAUCAGCCACUACCAAACGAUGACACAGGUGUUCCAAUGCCCUUUAUUUUUGUUGCGGACGAAGCAUUUGCAUUAUCAGAUCAUGUACAACGGCCAUUUGGGCGACGGAAUUUAACUAUAGAAAAAAAAAUGUAUAACUAUCGGCUCACUAGGGCCAGAAGAAUGGUCGAAUGCGCAUUUGGCAUCAUGUCCAACAAAUGGCGAAUACUUCAUAGAGCAUUAGAUGUGAACCUUUAA